GAUCUUACCAGUUGGUUUAGAUCAGCUGCAGACAGGAGGGGGCUCACAAAGCCCAGAGACUAAAACCUGGAUUCUACACUUUCAUUAAAUGGAUCUUUAGAAUGUGAAAAUAGUUCCAGCGGCUCCGACUGACGGAUACCUUGCGCAUUAAGGAAUACUUCACCAUCAUCUCACACUCCAGUGCAGUGGAGAGGAAAAGUCUAUCCUACCUCUGAGGGACCUGUGGCACCACUGAAUGGUGGAGCCAACCCCCCCGGUGCCAAAAAGUCAGGAUGAUGAACAGCUUCUAGUGGAUUUUUUCCUUUUUUUGUCCGAGCAGAGUCGUUCAGUGAGGCAUCAAGACACUGUUUUCUGAACAAGGUUGGAGAACAAUCAAAGACACGGGAAAAAAUGCCCUUUGGUGGGUUGGCAGGUUUGAAGGAGAAGGUGCUUAAACCUGGGAAGGAGGAAGUGAAAAACACAGUGGGAGACUCUUUGGGAAAACUGCAAAGGAAAAUGGACGGCAGCAAUGUCGAAGAAGCAGACCACAUUGAGCUGACCGAGGACGGGCGUCCGGUGACAUCAGCUCCUCGCGCUGCGCCGCUGCUGGACUGCAGCUGCGGCGGUCUGCCCAAGCGCUACAUCAUCGCCAUCCUCAGCGGCCUGGGCUUCUGCAUCUCCUUUGGUAUCCGCUGCAACCUCGGGGUUGCCAUUGUGGAGAUGGUGAACAACAACACCGUCUACAUCAAUGGGACCCCUGUGCUUCAGAGAGCUCAGUUUAACUGGGACCCUGAGACAGUGGGGCUCAUCCACGGCUCCUUCUUCUGGGGCUACAUUGUCACUCAAAUCCCUGGUGGUUUCAUCUCCAACAAGCUGUUUGCCAACAGGGUUUUUGGGGCUGCCAUUUUCCUGACCUCAGUGCUCAACAUGUUCAUCCCAUCAGCAGCGAGGGUGCACUACGGUUGUGUCAUGUUUGUGCGCAUCCUGCAGGGCUUAGUGGAGGGUGUCACUUACCCGGCAUGCCAUGGGAUGUGGUCCAAAUGGGCGCCACCUCUUGAGCGGAGCCGAUUGGCCACAACUUCCUUCUGUGGAUCGUAUGCAGGAGCAGUGAUCGCGAUGCCUUUAGCCGGGGUGCUCGUUCAAUACGUUGGAUGGCCUUCAAUCUUCUACAUCUAUGGUGUUUUUGGGAUCAUAUGGUAUGUCAUGUGGCUGCUGCUGGCAUAUGGAAGCCCGGCUGAACAUCCGACCAUCACGGAGGAGGAGAGGCUGUACAUCGAGACCACCAUCGGGGAAACAAUGCGCCAACUGAGUGUGACUGAGAAAUUCAAGACGCCGUGGCGUCGCUUCUUCACCUCCAUGCCCGUCUAUGCCAUCAUCGUGGCCAACUUCUGCCGCAGCUGGACCUUCUACCUGCUCCUCAUCAGCCAGCCGGCGUAUUUUGAGGAAGUCUUUGGCUUCCCCAUCAGCAAGGUGGGGCUCCUGUCCGCCGUUCCCCACAUGGUGAUGACCAUAGUCGUCCCUAUUGGAGGACAGCUGGCUGAUUACUUACGCAGUAAUAAAAUCAUGUCCACCACAAAUGUGAGGAAAAUCAUGAACUGUGGAGGAUUUGGUAUGGAGGCCACUCUGCUGUUGGUGGUGGGGUUUUCUCACACUCGGGGGGUUGCCAUCUCUUUCCUAGUUUUGGCUGUGGGGUUCAGCGGAUUCGCCAUCUCAGGCUUUAAUGUCAAUCACUUGGAUAUUGCUCCUCGCUAUGCCAGCAUCCUGAUGGGCAUUUCUAACGGGGUGGGAACGUUAUCAGGAAUGGUGUGUCCUCUGAUUGUUGGAGCCCUGACCAAAAAUAAGACUCGCCUGGAGUGGCAGCAUGUCUUCAUUAUUGCAUCCAUGGUGCAUUACUCUGGGGUCAUUUUCUACGCUAUCUUUGCUUCUGGUGAGCAGCAGGAGUGGGCCGAGCCCGAGAGCACCAGCGAGGAUAAAUGUGGCAUUAUUGAUCAGGAUGAGCUGGCUGAAGAAUCAGAGCUCAACAUGGACAACACAGUGGCUCCCAAGAAGAGUUACGGAACCACAAACAAUUCAUCUGCAGGAAAACAGGGCUGGAAAAAGAGGAGAGGGGUGACCAUGCAAGAGGAGGAGGAGCAUUGUGGGAAUGGCGAGUACCAGGACCGUUACCAGUGAGAUGCACCAGGGGGCAAAUGGACUUCCAAAACCAUCGGGGGUGGUUGCGGCUGAAAGUUUGAUUACAAACCUACGGAAAUAUAAGAAACAAUGGAAAAGCAACGAGGAGCAGCAGCAUCAUAUGUACCCCAAGACUUUUUUCCUUUUCGGUCAACACUCCAGUGAUGUUCAGUAAUGUUAAAAAUCAUGAGGGAACUCAACACAAACCGGUUAAAAUGCUCAAAUUUAACAUAAAUAAUAUAAAAUGCAGUCAGAAAAAUCAAGAAAAGAAAAAUCUGAAAAUAUACACAUGCAAUGAGAAUUUGAAGAAUAAAUGUUAUCUGUGCUCUUCCAUACAAACGUUUGUAUUAAAAAGAGACACACAUAGAGUUCAUCAUGCUCCGUCUGUGUAGGCCCACCGAGCGUUGUGUGGCUUACUUUGGACCAAGUGAAGUGUUUUGUGUCAGCUAUGCAGUGUGAAAAGAGACGUGCUUUUGGAAUGCAACGAUGGGUUUGACAGCAGUGUUCAUGUUAUGAGCCUCAUUUAAUUGUUUGCUUGGAUGUAUUUGCUCCUGCUGAAGGAUCGCACUUUGAACCGCUUGGCCUCGCUCUCCCUGUCUGAGCAGGUCCUAGUUCACCAUCUGUUUGUGAUGCUCCUCAAGCAUUAUGUCACCUUCAUCAUUCAUCCUGCUCCGAGCUCAUACUGGGAGGUGAUGGAUGGUGAGUUCAGUGGUGACGUUACCCCAUGAUGCAUUCAGUGUAGCUCUAUAUAAUCUCCUGGUGUUAGUCUUUUGGGAAUUUGUCAAUGUUUGAUACAUAAAGACCCAGUUUGUUUCUAAAAAUAAUGUACUGUAAUGUUUAUUCAUAAAAGAGUAUGGUACAUUGAUCUGUUCAUCAUUACUGUUAAAGAAGAGUCAAUCAAUUUUGUACUGUAAAUUAGUAUGUUAUUAUUCUUAUUUACUUGGAGAUGUAAUAUAUUUCUAUUCUGUGUUAACAUCUUAAUACAGACACAUAAAAUCCUGAGCAUUUAUUUCCUUGUUUGAGGUUAUUGAGCAUUUAUGUUACAUUAUGUAUUCAAACUAUUUAUAAAAGCAAACAGAAAGCUGCGGUCAGAAGAGUAAAGAGCUCCGCCAGGUGUGUCUGCAAUGACCACAGCAGCAUCGUGUGUUAAAAUGAAUGCAAAAAGGGCUGUAGAACUUCAAACAGACUCAAUUUCAGAACCUAGC